AGCUCUUUUACCUGUUUGUUUGAAAACAUUUCUUUUCUCUUCCCACCCUCUCCUUCAUAAAUCAACUCUGCAGACGCGUUGCGCCGCAGCAAUGGAAAAAGACGCCAUUGCAGAGCGCACCAACGUUGAAGUUGCCGCGGAGCACGUAACGGAGGCAAAGCAGCUUCUUGUAGAACUCGACCGCCGCAAGAAUCAAUACCGCGAAGCCCAGCGAAAGAUUCUCAACACUCGCCCCGAGGACGACCUUUGGAUUCUUAGCGGCGGCUCCACCUUCGUUUCAUGCGAGUUGAGUCACGCCGACACGCUGAAGUACUUCGAAUGGCGUCUGCAGCAGUGCGACAACGAUAUCGAAGAGGCACGCGAGGAUCUUAAGCUGAAGGUAGCCGCUUUAGCCGAGUUGGAAGGACCCGACAGCGCUUUGAACCGCCUGUAUGAGGGCUUCAAUCUGAAGGCGGUGUGA